AUGCACUUCGACCCAGACGCAUACGACCUAAAAUGCCAUCAAAUGACCGACGAAGUCCUCAUAGCCAGAAGAGCCCACUACGUCCGCCAAAUCGCGAGCACCUCGACCGGAGCAGCCCUCCACACGGCCGCGGGCGCCGCGACGGCCGGCCUGACGUGGCUCAUGGUGCCCUACGACGCAGCACGCAUCCGGCACGCGCGGAAGAAACGAAAGAUCCUCGAGAGACACGCCGUCGAGCGCGGGCUGGCGGUCAAGACGAAGCGCGGCGACGUGCUGAUCCCGAUGGCGCUGGGGGCGGCGAUCGGCGCCGUCGCGUUCGAGGGGGCCGGGAUGUGCGCCGAGAUGGUCGGUGCCGAUUCCGGGUCGAAGGCGGUGGUCAAGGGGGUUGCUCAUCUCGGGCUGGAUGCUGGCGUGGCGGCGGCCGAGCAUAAGCAUGCCGAGAGGGCGAAGCGGAAAUCCGAGACGAAAGGGGAUGAGAGGCGAGUGUCUCUUGGUGAAAAGUCUGGAAAAGAGUAG